CGGGCUCGUUGCCAUGGUAACCCGGUCUCCUGCCGCCGGUCGUUAGUUCGUUCGCGCGCCGCAGUGAAACGGAGGAGAAGAAGAAGAAGAAGAAGAAGCGACGGUGACUCACGAGGAGGAGGAAGAGGAGGAAGAGGAGCCCGUUAGCAUCCGGUAGCAUUCGGUAGCAUCCCGACGACACGACGCGGACCCGCAGACCGACGGGUACCGCAGUGAGGAGACGGAAACGGCAACCACCACCGCAACGACGACAACCUGACGGAGGGAGAGGAGGAAGAGGAGGAGGACGGCGACAUCACCGCAGCCAAGGCAACCUGACGGAGGAGGGAGAAGGCAACUACGGCAACUGCAGCAACCGUCAGUGUCACCUGAUGGAGGAGAAAGCAACAGAGAACAGCAACCACAACAACCAUCAGUGACGGAGGAGGAGGACGGCAACCAUCACUGCAACUAUAGUAACUAAAUCAUCCAUACAGCAACCUGACGGAGGAGAAGGGAAUUUAACACAGCAACAUGAAGGAGGAGGAGGACGGCAACUACAGCGACUGAGGCAACUACAACCACAACAACAAUCAGUGACUGCAACUGUCACUGCAACUAUAGCAACAACAUCAUCCAUCACUGCAACUAUAGCAACAACAUCAUCCAUUACUGCAACUACAGCAACCUGACAGAUCAUAAAAGAGUCUAACACAGCAACAUGAUGGAGGAAGAGGACGGCAACUAUAGCAACUAAAGCAACAACAACCACUGCAUCCGACGGAGGGGGGUGGGGGUGGGGGGGCAUCCGUCAGUUCGACCCCCCGGACUGAGGCUGACCCCAGACCGGCUCCGGUUCAGGACUGUGUCUGGGUUCUGGGACUCCCAGACUGAAGCUCUUCAUCCUCAUCCUCACCUCCAUCGGUCACGUGCGUGUCCGCAUUGUGUCAGAGGUCGGCGGUGGCAGACAGGUGAGCUUCAGUCUGUCCAGGUGGACAGGUGGACAGACAGAUGGAUGACAUCUUUGACCGUCACUCUGAUCAGCUGAUCUGGACUCAGUCAGGUCACAGCCUCAGGUUAAGUUAAGCUCCGCCCACCAAAGUACUUCCUCCUACUUCACCUGAAGAAGACAGCCAAUAAGAUGAGCCAGCUGAAGGAGGCAGAGCCAAACCGGGAGAUGGAGGGAAAGGUCCAGACAUGGGCUCGGUCUCUGGUCUACACUCUAGAGGAGCUGGAGUGUAAAAUCUGCUACAACCGCUUCGACACUCGGAGUCGUAAACCCAAACUGCUGGGCUGUUUGCACCGAGUCUGUGCCAAGUGUCUGAAGAAGAUGGUGGACAUGGGUGAGUCCUCACCAACUGUCAUCAGCUGCCCGUUCUGUCGCCACGAGACCCACGUCCCAGAUGAAGAGGUCUGGCUGAUGGAGGACGACCGACACAUCCUGGCUGUUCUGUCAUGUCAGGACCGAGCUCGGCGAGGAGGAGCAACAACAGGUGGAGGAGGAGGAGGUGGAGGAGGGGAGGUGGUCCUGAGUCCCAACAGUCUGACAGGAGGAGGAGGCGGUGCAGCAGUAGACUCCUCCCACCGUUCCUCCGACUGUCUGGUCAUCACCAUCAUGGAGCUCCCUGAGGAGUCCCCGUCCUCAGACUCACUGAGCAUGCUCAAUGUAGUGGGCCUGUACCGCCCCCCCAGCCUUGACUCACUGCCCUGCAACCUGCCGGCUCAGAAGUGUCGCGCUUGGACAUCCCGCAGCUUCCCUCGCUGCCUGCUGGGGGCACUGUGCUUGGUCUACUUCAGCUCUCUGCCUCUGGGGAUCUACCUGCUGAUGAUUGGUCAGCUGUGGCUCGGCGUUGUCCUCGUCAGCCUUGUUCCGUCCACACUGCUGCUGCUCGUCCUUUACGGCUUCUGUCAGUGUCUGUGUCAUGAGCUAAUGGAGGCACUCAAUGCCCGGCGCCACACGCUGCCAUGACGACUCUGACAUCCAGACACUGCUGCCAUGACAACAAGAAUACAGAGACAUUUCCUUGACGACAAGAACACAGAGACACCGCUGCCACGACGAUAGGUACACAAGGAUGCUGCUGCCAGGAUGAUGACAAUAGAGGCAUCGUUUCCACGACAAGGACACAGAGACACUGCUCCCAUGACGACAAGGACAGAGAGACAUCGUUACCAUGACAAUAAGGACACAGAGACACCGCUGCCAUGAUGAUAGGUACACAAGGAUACUGGUACCAGGGUGACGAGAAUAGAGACACGGACAAGGACACAGAGACACUGCUCCUAUGACGACAAGAACACAGAGACACCGUUUCCAUGGGGACAAGGACACAGAGACACUGCUCCUAUGACGACAAGAACACAGAGACACCGUUUCCAUGGGGACAAGAACACAGAGACACUGCUCCCAUGACAACAAGAACACAGAGACACCAUUUCCAUGAUGACAAGGACAUGAAGACGCUGCUCCCAUGACGACAAGAAGACAGAGACACUACUCCCAUGAUGACAAGGAUACAGAGACACAUGUUGCCAUGACAAUGGAAACAAAUUAACACCUUCGCUCUGGAAUCAAUACACUGACAUUACUGCCACAAUAACAAAAAACACAAAUAGCAGAACAACAAAACUCUAACGUAGCAAACAGCUGAUAAUAAUAUAUGAUGUUACGCACACAGCUCAACUACUCCAAUAAUGAAUAUUAAAGUCACACAGAUGAAAAACGUACCUGUGCAGGUGUUUGUCAUCUGUUCAGGCUGCAGUAACAACUGAAAUGAACAUUUUUCCCAACAGAAGGGAUAGAGAGUAGCGUUCCUCAAACAUAGUCAGCGGCACAGUGGCACAUCUGUGACGUCAACUAAACAAACAACACAACAGUCACAACAGAACAACCAGACCCACAACCAGGACCAGGACCAGGAUUUGAACCUGGACCACAGAGGCAGAUCAGCAGGACCUCAAGUGUAUACCAGCUGUCUCUGACACACCUGUGCACUCUGACCCCGCCUCUGUCUGAAUACCAGCAUCACCCCCCACCCCCCCCACCCCCCUCUACAUAGAGACUACAGCCAAUCGCAACAGUACCAUGUGAUGACCAAACGGACCAACAGGAAGUGUCUCCAUGGAGAUGGCUGACCUGAGACAUUAUGAAAUGGUCCUUUAAAUGUUUGUUGUCCUUUCAUUUAAAAAGUGCCAUUGACUAGUUUGUGUUUAUGAGUCAUGUGACCUGGAGGAGGCGGAAUCAUUACAAAUGUCACUUCCUGUUUCUGUAGUGGGCGGAGUUCCGCUUAUAACUAAAAUAAACACCAAGAGAAAUUAUUAUUUAUAGUACUAUGUAUUCAUAUUACUGUUAGUAUUUAUCUUAUUGAGUAUUUAUGGUACUGUCAGUGUAUGUAGUAGUAUUGGUAUUCAUAGUACCAUUAUUACUGUCAGAGAACUGAAAUAAAACACAAAGGUCCAGGUUC